UUAGUUCUUUAAAAGGUGUUUUACAAUGUGGUGACGUCCCAACAAAUUCGUUAUUUCAGGAGUUACUGUCUUCGUGGGGACAUUUUCUCAAAUUUUGUCCCCACAUUGGUAGUAAUACCUGCCCCCACCCCCCACACACACACCCCUCCCCUCGCCUGACAGACACAAUUAGAUUUGAGAGUGGUUCACUUCAUAAAGGGGAGCAGCAGGGUCUGGAAGAGGAGAAGUUACCAAACCAUCUGAAGGUGAGCACUUACUGUUCAGAGGGGGCUGAACUAUUAUUAGGCAUUCACUACUUCUGUUGAAUAUCUAAAGGGUAUUUGGUGCAGAUUAAUCACUUACUGGUUUAUAACCCGUGUGCUCCAUGUGCCGUUGGACCAUAGUUUUGAGAAAGGAAAAUAAACUCUUAAUAAAGAGGAACUCAAAAAGACAAUGUAACCACUCCAAACGAUGCCUCUAUUAUUUAUUAUUUGUAGUUAAUGUGUGUAUGAACCUAUCUUUCAACAUGGGUAAUGUAAAUAUAUCAAGUAUUCUCAUAAAUACUUAAAUAGGCCACAGUUCUUGAUUGUGAGGUGGUGAGCAGGGGAGGGCUUUGUCAACUUUUAAAAGAAUGAACACACUGCUUGGACCUCAAAACUUCACCCUGGGGCGCCAUCUGCUGGUGGAAAAACAAACUAGCCAGUUCCUGAAGUUCAGCUGAAGCUCUCUUCCCAGGUCUCACUUGUUUGUCUGUCCUUCUGUCUCAAUAUAGGUUGAAGAGCCUCUCUGCUUCUUGCUUGGUUUUCACUAUAUACGAUUGGAAUCACGGGUGAUGCUGAGAUGGCAGUGUUCUGGCCUGCAGCCCCUUACCUGCGGAAGUCCGAUAAGGAGCGUCUGGAGGCGCAGACCAAGCCCUUCGACAUGAAGAAGGAGUGCUUCGUCCCUGACCCUGUGGAGGAGUUCGUGAAGGCACGGAUCACCAGCCGCGACGGUGCCAAGGUGCCAAAACCUGGAUUGGAAGAAGCUGGCUCAGAGGCUGCAGGACGCGGAGGAAGCCGUCGAGGCUGUGAAUGCUAAAUGCUUCUCCCUGGAGAAGACCAAACACAGGCUGCAGAAUGAGAUUGAAGAUCUCACAGUGGAUCUGGACCUGAACGAGUGGAAGCAGAAGUUUGAAGAGUCUCAGAGUGAGCUGGAGGGCUCCCAGGAGGAGUCCAGGUCCCUGAGCACUGAACUCUUCAAGCUGAAGAACGCUUAUGAGGAGUCUCUGGACAAUCUGGAGACCCUGAAGAGGGAGAACAAGAACCUGCAAGGUGGGGGAUCCAAACUCACAAUUCUUGAGUCAGCUGUGUUUCUAAUUGCGUGGGAGAUCCACACAGAAGAAUCAAUUAGUCUUCUCUGUAAAGAAAACUGUUAACCCUUGUUAACUGUAUCCAAAAAUAGAACUGGCAAGUAUUUAUUCUAAACGUUAACCUGGAAAUAAAUUGUUUUUGUUGCUGCGUUUGUACACUUUACAAGUGAUCUUGCAUUCGCAUAAGUUUGUGUAACUGACUUGCAACAAUGUAUGAAUGCUAUCUAAAUGUAUUACAAUUUAUCACCAGGGCUUCUCAAACUCAUCCUGGGGACCCCCCUAAUGUGGCUACUUGUUUUCAUUCCAACUGAGCUCUCAUU